AUGGCAACGCCUCGUCGAAAUGGACGGCUGUCAUCGUGCGAGCCUUGCCGGAAGUCCAAACUACGAUGCGACCACCAAAGUCCCAUCUGCGGUCGAUGUCUCUGUCACGGCCAGGCCGAUCGUUGCUUCUAUCACCCUGCUCCGCUGACUCAGCCGAGCGCACGAGCCCCCAGGGUAGUCUCCCGGAGACCAAAGAGGCAGCCGCGCCCGGACAAUCAGUCGGUCUUUCGUUUGGAUCAAACGAUUUCUGGAACAGCCGCGCCAGGCCAGCCGUCAGGUUUGCGUUUGCCACCGCUUACCGAUGAGGGGGAUACGUUACCCGACCAGCAUAUCGCGAAAUGGACUCCUGAAGAGAAGCAGACCCUGGGACCGGGAGUUCUAGGGUUGGUCUCCCCUAAAGAUAUUUUUAGGGAGUAUGAAGAUAUCCUACGUGUCGAAGAACCAGGCAGCCUACCAGCCACAGUACCAACAACUACAUAUCCACUGAAUGACCCAAAUCAGGUGUUGCUAGGAAUUCAGAUUCUAUCACAUCUGCAGAAGAUCCGUUGGUUCUAUGAGAUCAUUGAAUUAAAGAACAAGAUUUCCCUAGGAUGGUUUCUUGGUCCUCCAUUGACUCGGGCCUUGUGUGACUCUAUGGAGCAAAUGUAUGAUUGUGCAGUCCGUAACUCUCAGGAUACUCAUGCAUCGCUGGCCCUUUUGUCCCGUCGAAUAUUUGUCAACACAUCUAAAGAUGUCCGAACACAUCCGACAAUGAAUGUGUCUGAGUAUUUUGAUUCAAUAACCCCGAGAUGGGAGACAAUUGGACUUGUCUUCGCCCUGUUAGGGACAGCAUUAUUCCAUACACCUGAUGAUGACCCGAUAUUCACACAUCGCAACCCGUGGAAGCUUGAAAAACGCCAGCUCAGGAAUAUCGCCACCGCCAUUGGAGAGAUUUGCUGCCAAUUUUGUAAUGGUGCUGGGACGACUAGCGAUUCAUUUUGCUGGCUCAUGACCCAGCAAAUAGUUCUUUUGACUUCGAUGUAUGGCGACAGCGACUAUAGGGUGUGGCAAAAACUUGGAGAUCUAUCUACCAUCGUUUACGCAUUCGGCUUGCAUCAAUCCGAUGAAGAUAUUGAAGAAAAAUUGCCGUUCUUCUUGGUGGAGAUAAGAAAGCGAGUCAUGGUGUGCGCCUACGCAAUUGAUAAGGAGUUAGCGACCUCUUUGGGGCGUCCUCCACGGAUCUGCUCUCGAUAUUGUGUUAUUCCGCUUCCCUUGGAUAUAAGCUAUGAGAAGAUGAUCCUCUCCCGUAGUGAAGGAGAGGAGGCAGUGCAGAAUCUCGACGCGAAUGGUUGGAACACCGAAGGGAAUCUGACCAUUGGGGUCAGACUUCGCAUCGUGCUACUAACGAGUUUGUUGCGAGAAAAUAUCCUAGAAUUGUCUUUGAGUCCUACGACUCAGGAUAUUCUACCUAAAGUUGAGUUCGUAUCCCAUUAUAGACUUCAUAUCAUGCUGAUUUCAGGGACUGACCGGAAGAAACCGCACAGAAAGUUGAUCCAGGAAUCUCGUCAGACGCAACAAGAACUUCCCUCAUUUUUACACUGGUUCCCCGAGGAAGCUGCAGCGGGUGCUUACAGAUUUACACGAGACGAGGGCCGCGCCUUCGCUCACAUAGAAUUUACGUAUCAGGAGUUUCUGCUACAUCGAAUCUUGCUAAAGCGCGUUGGAAUAAGCUCGCAAGGCCUCUUUGAAAGCUCAUUAGAACUAGUUACCACGCUGUUACACACUAUUUCCAUGCAGACCCAACCUGCUCACUUGAUGGCGAAAAUGUCGUGGGAUUUAUGCUACAUGGGUCUUCCUGCUGCAGGCAUCCUGACUUCGAAACUGCUCUCGGAGCAUACCUCUCAGAUAUCGAAUCCAUUAUCCACGCCGCUAGCUACCAAUGUUCGCUGGCUUACUAUCCAAAAGCUUAAUAUUUUCGUCUCUCAUCUGACCUUCCUGGUGUCGCCGCACGAAGGGAGUUAUGAGAUUGCCCAACAAGGGGCGAAAUUUAUUCGUCGGGUGCUCGAUCGAAUUAUUUCUCCUGCGUGUCUCCAACCGGACCCUUUGGUUCCAGAUAUUGAAGUAUCUGAAAAUUGGCUUGACGUCUGUGAUUUGGACGGCAAUCUUGAUUUUGUGGCGUGGUUUGAUAACAUCCACUGGCCUCAGGACCCAUUGCUAAACUUCACUUGA